UCUUGGAUCAUUUUGUCAAAUAGUUUCGAGUGCGGCGCAAACUUUGGCACUUCCUUAACAAUUACAAAUUAAAGAACUCAAAAGUAUAGCGCAUAAAUAAUGCACUUAAUUGCAGUAGGGGUUUUUGUGAGUCUGGUAAUCAGCUGCAGCGCAUCCAUAAGCGGACCGUAUCUCUUUUGGGGUCAUGAAAAAUUGUUCGACUUGCAACCCCAAGCAUUAGUCGAUGCCACAACCAAGGAGCAGCCGCUGACGCAAUUAUUCAAAGAUGCCAAGGCCAUUAUAAUUUUUGUGCGCAACACUACGAGUCGUCUGGAAGGCACCAAAUAUCCCAAGUUCCAGAAUUUGGUGAAGAACAACGCCUGGACAUAUUUGCCGCAACGCAAUCUGGCCGCAGAGCCCUACAGCUUGAAUGCCAACAUCGAGGUCAUAAACCUAACGGGCAACCACGAGGAGGAUGAUGGUGAAUUAAUAACGGGUUUCAAUGAUGCUCUGUCCAUUUAUGGACAUGGCGAAGUAUUGGGCAUUCUAGCCAAUCGCGAGGAGGAGGCACACUUCCUGGCCAAGCGUGAGGCCAAAGAAGACGCCAAAGAGGAGGAGUCAAAUGCAAAUACAACACCCUCAACUCCCGCAGAGACGGUAACCACCUAUAUUUACGUAGCCGAAGGCAACGCGGCACUUAGCUUGAGUGGACCCCCGGAGUUGCAUUUGGGCAACGAAACACUACUGCUGGCGGAGCACAACAAACUGAUUACUUUCGAUGAUCAGCGUACGAAAGGAUUUGGUCGUCUAAGCAUUACCUUCAUGUACAACAGCGAGAAGUAUACGUUGCGCUUCAAGUUUUCGCUGCUGCGUGGCACGUGGCAUCUGCGCAACGUGGAGGUGGAUAGCCGUGAUGCCAAGGGUGUGCUCCCAGCUAGAGGCAAUGAUUACACACUGCCCUCCGCGCCAAUAGGAUUCUCGUUCCGUUGCUCUUCGGAGCAUUUGGUGUUCACCAAUCCCAACACGAAUGAUACUCAGAUCCAACUCAUCCUCAAGAACUAUCAAGUGCAGCCUUGGCUAAAUGGUGCUAAAAAGUUCGGUGAUGUCUACGAUUGUGUUGGCUUCAUUACGGCUCCCAUUUUGGCCGGAUUGCUGGUCACAUUCUUCCUCCUAGGCAUCCUCAGUCUGGGCAUCACUGCCAUGCUAAGCAUGCACACACCGAAUCGUUUCGAGAGCAACCGCAACAAGCAGCUGACUUUUACUGUGCAGGAGUAGAGCGUUAAUUCCUCAACGGCGGGGGUAGUUUUACGUGCCAGUGCUGCAAAAUGUUCUCGUUAAUUACUUACUCGCCUGUUAAUCCUUUAGCACUGCUGACACUGGCCAUCGAGUUGUUUCUCAUACAUUUACUCUUCGUGCUAAUUGUGCUAUAUGUUUAUGUACUAUGGUAUUACUGAUGCUCCAAAUAAAUAUAUACUCAC